CUUUGACUGUUGUGCAAUUUGAAGGUUUCGGUGGAGUCCCUGCUCAUAGAAAACUAUUUUUUUUUUUUCUUUUUCUCAACAGACUUUUACUGGGCCGGUUUUCUCCUAAGAAUUAAAGAACAAUAUUAGAUUUUUCUCUGAUCGUCAUGAGAGGGUGCAUUACCAUGGAGAAGAUAGGUGGGAUGUUUAGUGGCGCCAUGUUCCUUAUUCUUGGUUUUCUCUCAAUGCAUUCAUGGUAUUCAUCAAAUAUUUCCUUUUUGGAGAGCCUACCAUCUUUCAAUGAAGCAACACUGGGGGCCACUGUCAAUUUGGAUGACACACUUAGUUUUGGGGCCAGACCCGAGGUUAAGACACGCACAUCAUGGAAUGCUCCUAUUGUCUGGGAAUUAAUGUUUAACCCAGAUCUCUAUGACAGACGACACCAAGAAGCCAAAACAACUGUGGCUCUAACUGUGUUUGCUGUGGGGAGGUACCUGGACGCCUACUUAAACACCUUUUUGACUUCGGCAGAAAAACACUUCAUGGUUGGACUACCUGUAACCUUCUAUGUGUUUACUGAUCAACCAGAAAAAGUACCAAACAUUACUUUAGCUCCUCUGCGACACCUGAAAGUGAUCAAGGUGGAGAGGUACAGCAGGUGGCAGGACAUUUCAAUGAUGAGGAUGAAGACCAUAUCAGAAAUAAUUGAAAAAGAGCUCCGUCACAACUUCAACUAUGUCUUUUGUUUGGAUGUGGAUCAAGAAUUUAAGGGGCGGUUCGGCUCUGAGGCUCUCGGGGAGUCUGUGGCUGUGCUGCACAUCUACUAUUACAAACUUCCAAAGACACAGUUCACCUAUGAUAGAAACCCCAAAUCCAAAGCCUACAUGACAGAAGGAGAUUACUAUUACCAUGCGGCAGUCUUUGGAGGGUCAUGCGAUAAAGUAAAAGCUUUGGCAGAUUAUUGCUAUUUGAGUACAAUGGAGGAUAAACUGAACAAUGUUGAAGCUUUGUGGCAUGAUGAAAGUCAUUUAAACAAGUAUUUCUGGCUUAACAAACCUAGUAGAAUACUUUCUUCUGAGUACUGCUUUGACCCACUGAUUCAUUACAAGACUGAAGUCAUAGUCCCUCGUUUAGUAUGGGCACCAAAACAAUAUACAAAACUUCGCACUUAGGGCAAAUGUUUAACCCUUGUGCUAUCUUAGAUGACCCCACCCUUACAUUGCCGUGUUCUCCCUACCAUGACAAAGGUGGA